CUGCCGCACACAGACUCCGUGUUCUGGAAGGUUCUUUGGGGUCAAACCAGAACCGCCAGGCGGAGACGGCACAGGGUCCUGCCGCCGGAGCCGGCGCCGGCCUCCUGGUGGCACAGGUGGGGACACGGAGGCCCAGAGGGAAGGGACUUGCCCCAGAUCAGCCAGGUCUCCUGCCCCGGCUCAGGGCUCUCACCCACUCGGAGGCCCUGAGCCGUUGCCCAAACCUGCUUGCUUCUUGGCCAAUGGCAUUUCAGAACAUUGGCCAACAGUGGUGUCUGGCAAAGGAAGGGAGAGGCCCUCAUGUCACCAGCAGCCCUGGCACAAGGCCGCCCAAGGAGCGCCUAAAAGGGCCGGCAAGUGGCCGUGGGCCAGAGAAGGGACAUGGCAGGGGCCUGGAGGGCACUCGUGCUGGUGGCGGGCUUGGCGGCGAUGGCCUGUGAGGCCCAACACCGGCGGUUCCCCCCGGAGAGGAUUGCCGCCCAGGCCUUGCAAUUCUUCAACUCCGAGAGGCAAGGCCAGCCCCUGUUUGGCCUGUUGGAAGUCCUCCCAACAGCCAGAUCGAACUCCACCUUAAGGACGCUGGUCAGGUUCAGGAUCAAGGAGACGGUGUGCCUCUCAGGGCGGCAGCAGGAGCUAGAGCCCCAGCAGUGCGCCUUCAGGGACGGCGGGGAGGAGCGGAACUGCACGAGCACCUUCGGCCGGCGGGGCCGUCUGAGCAUCCUGUUGGUCGACUGCAGCCCAGGCCCCGAGCGCCAGCAAGAGGACUCGCGGGAGCAGCCGACGGCUCCGGCUCCACCCCCCGAAGAAGCCGCUUCAGACAUCGACCGCUCCAAGCUGCCCCCCGCGGUCAGGGACUUGUAUGACAAUGCCAGGAACAACAUCAUCAACAACAUCCUGAGGAAUUUCUAGGGCCGGGAAGGAGGGGAGGCCCGCAUCCCAGCCAUGACCUCCCCUCCCACCGCCCACUCCCUCGGCGGCCUCAGCACCCCCUUUGCUGAAUAGUCCCCCACACGCCUCUGCUUCCGCACAC